GGCUGCCAACCAAUCCAACGCGGUCCAUAUUUUCUCGAGGACUCCAGCCCUCGAACAGUUCAGACAAAAAGGAAGAAUAAAAUCAGCUGAUCCUGUCUGACAAUGUGACUGCCCACGCACUUUCACAACAUCCCUUCGUACUUUCUGAAGCUAGCGAUUGUAAAUUCCUAGCAACCAUAACCUGCAAUCAACUGACAGGUAAAAUGCCUUCGGAAUUUUCUUAAGCCUCCACGAUGCAGGCCAGUGACGUGCUAACAUCGAUAUUCGGUGCUGGAGUCCUCAGCGAGGCCUCCUCGAGAUCGAGUCUCCCCUCGGCCUCCGACUUCAUAAAAUCCGCGCUCUCCACCGUCGCCCCAGAAGACCCCGAAGAGGACACUCGUCCCGGCCGUCUGGGCCCAAAACUCGUCUGCUUUGACGUGUCAACCCACCACGGCCUGGUGAUAGUCACCCCAGACCGUUUAAGCGUCAAUUCCCAAAGUAACUUCAGCACCCUCCGCGCAAACACUGGCUUCUACUCUGGCAAAUGGAUGUACGAACUCCAGCUGGGCUCCAAAGGAGUCAUGCAGAUAGGCUGGGGCACAGCGCAAUGUAAAUUCAGUCAAGAGAGUGGAGUUGGUGACACCAUCAACUCCUACUCAUACGACGGUAACCGCGUCCGCAAGUGGAACGUCUCCACCCACAAAUACGGGGAGCCCUGGCUAUCGGGGGACAUAAUCGGUUGCGCGAUUGACCUGGACAACGGCAAGAUCGACUUCCACAGGAACGGGAGACCCCUGGGGACAGCCUUCGACGGCAUAACCACAGGGAGUGGAAUCGCGUAUUUUCCGACGGUUUCCCUAGCUUUCACUGAAAAUCUCACAGCCAAUUUUGGCUCCACACCCUUCAGAUACCCCAUUAGCGGAUACCAGACCCUCCAGGCGUCCCCGGUAGCCCAGCUGAAACGAUCCCACCUGAUCUUUUCCUGGUUCGAGCGUCUGAUCGAUCAGAUGAUCCUCGAUGGACGGGAGACAGUCCCAUCCCAGACCUCUGGUAGUGACCCCAUGACCCUCAGGACGUACCUCAUGUGCCUCGCCAGGUCCAUCCUCCAUCAUCUGGGGCCUCUUCUGUCAGUCCCUUACAUCGUCGAAGCUAUCUUCCUUCCUUUUGUCCAGAGCCUAGCUCAAGACGACCCAGACAAACUGACAAUCUGUCUCGAUUUACUGUGGACAUUCCUCGAAAAGCACGAGAUCAAAGCUUGCCUCGAGAGCAGUGUUGUAUACCUCCUCUCCGCCUUCAGACACGUGUCGCUGAGGCUAGAUUACCCUGACCAAUGCAGGAGUCUUCGCCUCCUCACGAACCUCUGUCAUCACACGAAGACGAGGCAGUAUCUCCUGCAAAACGUCUUAUUCGAUCGAGUCCGCUUCGCCAAUUUCAUCCACGUGAAGCCUCUGGACGAAGGAGGACUCGUCGACAUAAUCCAGAAGACGUGGUGGGAGACAAACCCCCCGGAUCACUCGGUCGAGGUCAAUAAACAGAGCUACAGUGACGCCUGCGAGAGGAUCAAGUCAGCUAUCGCUGAGGUCGAGGCCCUCCAGGUCGAACUGCUGAUUACCUUUCUCGAUAACAGCGAUGGUACACCCACGACGUCAUCCUCGAGGACGAUUUUCCUGAAGAACUUCAGGAGGUUCGUCCAAGAGAACUUGAUAUCCAGCAGAACCCCUCUGCAGAUCACAGUCUGUUGUUUCCACCGGCUUCUGGUGGCUUUCAGAGUCCUCUGGGAGAGAGAAGUCGGGACUUCCCCGGUUUUCGUCCCCUGCAGGGUCUUUUACGACUCGUCAAUAAAUUAUGCCGACAUCGAUAGACUUGGCGGGGUACUGUCUUACUUGAAUAAAACUUAUAAGAACGAGUUGAUUCAUCAUCUGGGGCCGGACCACGAGGUGAUCCUCUCGAUGGAGCAGACCCAGGAGACGAACAACUUCAUGGGAGGACCUGGGAGAAUGGGGGAGAUGUCUGUGGUCAUUCCUACGACGACCAGAAUGCUUAACAUCAACACUUCAACGUCUGGUGGAUCGCCCAUCAUCCUGGGUUACCCCACCUUCGUCCGGGAGGAGAAGCCCCUGCGAUCUGGCUCGGCAGACACAGCUGUCUCCUUGCUGGAACUCCUCGAGAAUGUCAUAUUGUUCUACCAUGCUGCUGCCAAGAAGCAAAUAGCUAAAGUCGCUAAUCUACGUGACAGCAUGAGCGAAUACGUCUCAGCGAUGUCUGACGUCAAAGCCAGACUCGAAACCCUUAAGAAAUCGAAGGACCCGGACGCCUACGUCGUCCAGCAGGAGCUCCUCAGGACGAUAGGCGUCUUCAAUACGAAGCUCUCUGAGCAAGCUAGGCACAUGGCGUGGGUCAGAGCAGCUGUCUAUUCUCACGAGAAACAGUCCCAGCUCGCUUGGCUCCUCAAGGUCGUCAUUCUGACUCUGAAAAAGGCGAGCCUCGAGGGGAAUAUGUUCAGAUUCGUACCGGAUUUCUAUCUGGAGGCCCUGGCUGAUCUCAGUGUAGGUCUUAAGAAUCAUCUUCAUCCUACAGCUCCUAUUGAGAACAUCAAGGGGUACGAGACAAUGCUCCGGGAGAUUGCCCAGUUUCUCUGCGAUCACUUCUUGGAUUCCCGAAUCGUUCAUGCCAUUGCUAAAGACACGCUGAUUCUCACGCUGGCUGGGUUCACGUCCAAUUCCCUCACGCUAAAGGCGCUUGAGGAGAUCCCUAAGGAGUCUAGGAUAAAAUUCGUGACGAAUGUCCUCAGACCUUACGAAAAUCGCGCCUGGGCCCAAUCCAACUGGGUACUUGUGAGGUUUUGGCAGGGACACGGUUUCGCUUUUAGGUACGAGAAGAGUCCACAUCUCGCUAGGAAAAUUGGGCCGAAGAUGCUGCAGCAGGAGUCCAUCUCGCAGCCGAUCAAACCGUGUCCUUCGGUCAUGUAUCAGAUGCAUGUCAGGGACAUUCUCCUUGAAAACACCAAGACAACGACCCAGUUUCUUAAUUCUCUGUUGAAUCAGAUGAACUGGGCGUUCUCGGAGUUCAUAAGCAUGGUACAGGAGAUUCAUAAUGUCUCGUCGAGGCCAGAACGGGUGUUCAUCGAGUCCAGACAGCUCAAAAUCUGCGCAACUUGCUUCGAUCUGGCUAUUUCUCUGCUGAGGGUCAUUGAGAUGAUCGCAACGGUGGCUCCCACCAUCUUCAGUGAUAACUCUCAGAGUUCCAGUGAGAAUCUUCUCGCCAGGCUGUGUCAGCUGCUCUGUCAGAUAUUGAACAGGGUCAGCUUGCAGACUAGCUGCUUUCAGCAUGUGGUGUUGCUGGACAUUCCGGAUUUGGAGACUAUAGAUCAUUUUCCGAUUCUGGCUGCUGUCACGGGGAUUCUGCUGGCUCUGCUGAAGGAGGACAUGACGAGGGCUGGGGAGUCCAGUGACAUUCCUAGGGUGACGAAGGCUUUGCUGACGGAGCCGAGCUUUCAGAUGAGCUCCUUGCACUUCGUGCUUGGCGAGGAUGUGCCCAAGAAUGGGAAAUUGGACAAGAAUGUCAAGACUUUCUCGUUGGGCUCUUACAGGAAUGAUGUGACGCCUGAGGAGGUUGAACGGGUGAGGCGGAUGCUGAAGUAUUUGGAUUCCAAGAGGGUCUUGCUGCCUGACAAUCGUCUGGUCAGCGAUGACGAUGACACCUGCAUCAUUUGCUAUGCUUACCCGAAUGGAGCUACCUUCAAACCUUGCAAUCAUAAGUCUUGCAGGGUCUGCAUCGAUCGACAUCUGUUGAACAGCCGAGAGUGCUUCUUCUGCAAGACUACUAUAACUCAAGUCUACGACUUAAAUAAAACCCUGAUUCAUGAUUUUACUUCUAGUCUCGUUAGGUCAUCAUCUAGCUCCUCGUGAUAUCAGUGGAUAGGAAGGUUCAGGAAUGAAAGGCGUAAGAAUACGUGAAUUAUGGAUUAUUAAAAUGUAAAAGGUUUAAAUUUAUUGUUGAUGUUAUGGAUAUUGAGCAAAAUUUGUGAUGAAUAAAAUUGUUUUUGAGUA